AUGACCUCCGUGACGUCACAAAGCUGGCGGGGAGAGAACACGGCCCUUCCUCCUCCGCUCCCCCUCCGCCGGCCUCCCCGCCUUCCUCGCCUGUCCCCUCCCGACCCCUCCCUCUCCGCUGGCUCCCGGCUCCACGCCCGCCUUGCUUGUUCCCACCCACCCGGCCGCCCCGCAGCCAAUAGGGAGGCGAGAAGGGUCGGGGCCGCCCGGCAAGGUGCCAGAGCGGGGCCGGGGCUGGGGACAGGGCGGGGGCUGGGGCCCGUGUACCCGGGACCUGCGCCUCGGGCUGCGGGGAGGAGAAGGCGCGGGAGCCGACAGCGGAGGCGCAGCCGGAGCCGCCCCUGCCGCCCUCCAGCUGCUGCUCCCCAGGGAGGAGCCGACUCCCCGGACGUGCCCGGAAUCCCGGUCAGAAGUUCCAGCCUGCCCCUGUACUCAGAUGCCAUGCCUGCACCGACUCAGCUGCUUUUCCCCCUGAUCCGUAACUGUGAACUCAGUCGUAUCUGUGGCACCGCAUGCUACUGCCACCACACACACCUGUGUUGCUCCCCUCCUCCCUUCCCUCUCAGUCGCCUGAGGUACACCCCCCAGAAGGCAUACUCUACUUUCUGCCGGCCAAAGGAUCCCUUCUGGCAGUAUACCCACUCGAGGAGAUACGCUACCACCCCUCAGAGAUUUUACCUCACACCUCCGCAAGUCAACAGUAUCCUAAAAGCCAAUGAGUACAGUUUUAAGGUCCCUGAGUUUGAUGGCAAAAACGUAAGUUCUAUUCUUGGAUUUGACAGCAAUCAGCUGCCUGCCAAUGCCCCUAUUGAGGACCGCAGGAGUGCAGCAACUUGCUUGCAGACCAGGGGGAUGCUCUUGGGGGUGUUUGAUGGCCACGCAGGAUGUGCCUGUUCUCAGGCAGUCAGCGAAAGGCUUUUUUACUAUAUCGCUGUCUCUUUGUUGCCCCAUGAGACUUUGUUAGAGAUAGAAAAUGCUGUGGAGAGUGGCCGAGCCCUCCUGCCCAUCCUGCAGUGGCACAAGCACCCCAAUGAUUAUUUCAAUAGAGAGGCAUCCAAACUUUAUUUCAAUAGCUUGAGGACUUAUUGGCAAGAACUCAUAGACCUGAACACUGGGGAAACCACUGAUGUCAAGGAGGCUUUGAUUAAUGCCUUCAAGAGGCUCGACAAUGACAUCUCUCUAGAAGCACAAGUAGGGGAUCCCAAUUCUUUCCUCAACUAUCUGGUGCUGCGAGUAGCCUUCUCAGGGGCCACUGCUUGUGUGGCCCACGUAGAUGGGGUUGACCUGCACGUGGCCAAUACUGGGGACAGCCGGGCCAUGCUGGGGGUACAGGAAGAGGAUGGCUCAUGGUCAGCAGUCACCCUUUCCAAUGACCACAAUGCACAAAAUGAGAGUGAAGUGGAAAGGCUAAAACUAGAGCACCCCAAGGCUGAGGCCAAAAGUGUUGUGAAGCAGGACCGCUUAUUGGGUUUGCUGAUGCCUUUCCGAGCAUUUGGAGAUGUCAAGUUCAAGUGGAGCAUUGAACUUCAGAAGAGGGUGAUAGAAUCGGGCCCAGAUCAGUUGAACGACAAUGAGUAUACCAAGUUUAUCCCCCCCAAUUAUCAUACCCCUCCAUAUCUCACUGCGGAGCCAGAAGUAAUAUACCACAGGUUAAGGCCACAGGAUAAGUUUCUGGUGCUGGCGACUGAUGGUCUGUGGGAGACCAUGCACAGGCAAGAUGUGGUUAAAAUAGUAGGCGAGUACCUAACUGGAGUUCGUCAACAAAGUCCCAUCUCCGUCGGUGGUUACAAGGUAACUCUGGGACAGAUGCAUGGUCUCUUAGCAGAAAGGAGAGCCAAGAUCUCCUCUGCAUUUGAAGAUCAAAAUGCAGCCACCCAUCUCAUCCGGCACGCUGUUGGCAAUAAUGAGUUUGGGACAGUUGAUCAUGAGCGCCUCUCCAAAAUGCUCAGCCUCCCCGAGGAGCUCGCUCGGAUGUAUAGGGAUGACAUCACAAUUAUUGUUGUCCAGUUUAAUUCUCAUGUGGUGGGAGCAUAUCAAAACCAGGAACAGUGAGUCACAAAAUUAAGGCAAUUAGAGAAUGAAAACAGCAAGUUGGAAGGGUGUAGAGAUUAAAAAAAAAUCUAACUUAAGAAAUCCUUUCAGUGGGUCAGCCCAUCAAACCAAGCAUUUACUCAUUUAAAAUCCUAAUUAAUGCAGGUAUGUGUCUAGAAUUUGGGAGAAUGUCAGGAAGGGGUUAGUAAGCUGACUUCUUCAAAGGCUCGAAAAGAAUGCGUCCUUAGUUCGGACCAGACAUGGCCUCCACUUGAUAAGGAAAGGACUCUUGGAGAUCUAUCAAGUUCUCCUCAGUGUCCUUUGGAGAGGAGAGUCAUCAUUUUACCAGUCUUUGAAAAUAGACCUUGACUAGACAGUGAAAAGAAUUGGCUGGGUCUGUGCUUACUGUAGAAAGGGAGCAAAAGAAUGUCAUUUGUUUGUACCUAAGUUUUCUUUAAGAAAAAUACCUGCUCCACCAAUGAGCUAAACUGUGGCUUGCUGCCAUUUUUAUUUGCAUACUUCCCCUUUGUUUAUUUGUUUACCCGUUGUUCAGAGAACUCUUUCCAUUUAAAUGUGUUAAGCUGUAAAGUUAGCAAAACUCAAGCAGUUCAAAUUUACUCACCCAAUUUGGUUUAGGACGUUUAAAUGAAAUGCUGCUUUUGGGGAAAAUGUAACCAAAUUUUGUUCCUUUUCUGUCCCAUCUACCCACCCCCCACUCCCAAUAUCAACUUCCUGAUGGAAUUUAAACUUAAUCUCUUCUUACAGUAAUUUUAAGAAAACAGUUUUUGGUUCUCUCUUUCAUUUGUUACUGUUAAUAAACAAGGAAAAAAGCAUUGAGUUUCACUUGUGUGAUGUGAAAAGCUUGGUUGAGCUGCUUAAAUGAGUAAGAGAUUUUUUUUGACUCUUGUAAAAGAUUUAUGGGUUGUUUUUUUUUAAGACCAAGAAAGGGGAAAACUGACAUAUCCUCAGGAGCUUUAAUGCCAUUGUGUAGUUCCUUAUUAAAUAAUCUCUGGCGAUGGCACACUAUCAGAGUAGUGAUAGGCUCUUGUCAACCAUAAGAUCACUAUUUUUUAGUUUUGGUGGUUUUCCAGAAAUCUUUCACCAACUUUGUAUUUCAAAUGUGCCAUAUAUAUGGCAAGUUACAAAAGAUGGGGUGGGGAAGGGGACACUUCAACAUUACCAGAUAGAGGGGAAAAGGAAGAAAGUAUCUUGCCUUCCUCUGCUUCUUCUCCCCUCCCCUGAAAACACAGGUCAAAACGUAAACGUCCUUGGUUCAAAAUUGCUUUAUAUAUACUGUGUCUUGUAAAUAGGAAUGUAAAGAAAGAGAUGAAACACCUAAGGAAGGUAAUUACUGUGCAUGCCUGAUACUUAAAAUUGAUCACAGCAUCAUCACUCCCUGCUUUUUUCUGUACCUGUGUCCCCGUGUGAUUUCAUUUCUGCUGACCAUAGAAGGAAAGGAAUAUGAUCACAAUAGAGGGAGACAUAUAUAUAUAUUUGUGGUGACACUUUGGAGCUUAUUUAGUAUGUAUCAUGGGACAUUUCACUAGUGGAUUUAAUUGUGAACUGUGGGUUUAUUCUCUCCACUCAGUCUAGUGUCAGUGAAAAGGCUAGCCAUGACUACAUUUUAUUUGCAGGUAGAUUUUGGAUAUAAACUGUUUCCAGCUUUCCAACAUGCAAUUAGUUGGGGAUAUUUGGUGAUAGAAUAAAAACUGGACCAGAUCUGCAAGGAAUCUUUUUGGGCAUUGACCAGUCAGGCAACUUGUGGACUUCUAAAUUUGAUUUUGUUAAAAAUUUACCCAGAAGGCUAGUAGUACAGAAUAAUUUGCUAUUUGAUUUCUUGGUAUGUUACACAUAUUUAGUGCUCAGUGGAAUAAAAAGAGAAUCACUAAUGCAUUGUGUACUGUAGAAAUGGAGUUACAUCAACUGCUCUGAAAAAAAACCACUGCAUAUCUGAUAAAGUCUCUGAUGUUUGUAUAUAGCUCAGUGCUAUGUAAAUGUGGCUUCCCAUUGUCCUAACCAAAAUGGUGGCACUUCCCAUCAUUUUAUUAAAAACAAUCACAUAUUGUUCUUUGAUUGGAAAGCUUAGUUCAUUUUCCCACAGAACACAAAAACCACAGUUUGGAUUUUGACAGCUUUAGCAAUGAGAUAAAUUUGGGUAUAAUUGGAGUGUAACACCAUUCAAAGCAACUGUGAUCUUAUUGUAAUUUGUUGCCUCUGUGUUAUUCUUUAUGCAGAACUAAAAUUCUUGUAUAAGUAAAAAGGCUUGUAGCUUUCCUGUUGCCCAGUCUCAUGUGUAAAGUACAGAAUGUAUGUAAACUGUUAAAGUAUUUAGCCUUUCUUAACUUUUUCUACUGUUUAAACUUUCUAGCAGCAUAUGCACUUAACUACUGUAUUUAUAUCUAAUCAGUGGUUCAUUAUAGUAUUUAUAUUUUAAAAAACAGUCCUUAAUGAGUUAAAAAGGGAUCCUGGUACUAUAACAGUACUCAAUAGGGAAACAACUUUGUUUCAUAUAAAGUAUAUAACUGUACAGGGAUAUAUUAAAAUGUUUAUGACUUGGAGAAAUAUUGUUAGAAAUGUCUGGAGUGAAUUAAAGCAUAACUGCUUUCCAAAU